AUGGGAACCUGCUGCGGAAAAGCGGUUGACUCGGCUACGGACGCUGUCGGCGAUGCUUACGACUCGGCCAAGGAGGGUGCCAGCGACGCCUAUGAAGGCGCGAGGGAUAUUGCGACCGACACGUGGGAGGGGACAAAGGACAAUGCGAGUGACCUCUACGACAGCGCAAAGGCGACGUUCACAGGUGCGCAUGCAGACAUCACCGAUUCGGCAACGGCGGCUAUCGAUUCGGCAACGGAGGCAGCGUCAACCGCAGCAGAGACUGCUCAGGACACAGCCAGCGAGUACAAGGACAAGAUGGCAGACGCGGCUGGCAAGUACGCCGAUAAGGCAGCGGAAUACAAGGAUAAGGCCGCAGAUAAGGCAGCCGAGUACCACGGGAAGGCCGCAGAUAAGGCAGCGGAAUACGAAAAGAAGGCUACGGCUGCGGCGGACGAGUACAAGGCGAAAGCUUCCGAUGCCAUCAGCAGUGGAGUUGACAGCCUCAACGAGGGCGUCAAGAGCGCGACCGACUCGAUGACCGCCGGCAUCAGUGGAGCGACCGAGGAUGCAAACGCGACGAUCUCAGACCUCAAGGCCAAGCUCGAGUCAGGGGAGGCUACGUUCCAGUAG